AUGCGCGCCGCCGCCGCCGACGACGGCGCGAGCGCGGUUGACGUCAUCGUGCGCGGACGCAUCAUCGGUCGACGUCGCGUGAGCAAGCGCUUGGCAUUUUACGACGUGCGCGUGGACGACGCGCUCGAUGCGGCGGCGGUUGGCGCGGACGACGCGACUUUGCGAGACGACGGACGACGCGCGCGGGCGCACGCGGCGUUGAGCGCUGGCGAGCUGAUCGAAAUGGUGGUGAAGGCGUCGCAUGGUGCGUUCGUGACGCACGAAGACGUGGCGUGGGCGCAAAAGACGUCGUUGAAGCUCGGGAACACGGGCGCGUUUCGCGGGACGCUCUCGCGGCGAGCGGCGAACGCGCACGGCGAGUGGUCGUUGGCGUGCGAGGAAGUGGUCGAGAUCGUCGAAGAGUGGGCGAAAGUGAAUCCAGGGAAAGCGUUUCAGCGCGAGUUGUACCUCCCGAACGAAGGAGGCGAGAGUGGGAUCGGCGGCGAGGCGAGUUCGAGAGUCGCCGACGGAGCGAGCGUCGGCGCGUGCAAGUUCUUCAUCAAUAACGCAUUUUGCGCCAAAGGCGACAAGUGCAAGUAUGCGCACGAUCGAGCGGUGCAACGCGAAUGGAUCGCGGCGCGUAAGGCGAAUAGACGGGAAAUCGCGGCUAAAGAGUGCGGGGACCCGCACGGAGACUCGGUGGCGAGCAAACAAAUGCGUGCGCAGCGAUUCGCGCAAUUUUUGCUCGAAAAGUUUGGCGCCGAAGUUUUAAACGCGGGUACCGGCGUUUUGGACGUCGCGGGCGGACGAGGCGAUGUGUCGUUUGAGUUACAUACAAAAUUAGGAAUCAAAAGCACGCUUGUCGAACCGCGCGAGCGAAAGCUGAACAAGAAACAGCACAAGUGGCUGAAGAAGAAGUUGAAGACGGACGAGUCGACGGCGCCGGAGGCGGAAUCGAUGCUGUGCGAGCAAAUUCGAACAGAGUUUUCCAGUGAAAAUUUCGCACAGUUCAAAGAUUGUUCGGCCAUUAUCGGUAUGCAUCCAGAUCAGGCCACCGAAGCGAUCGUCGAUUUCGCGCUGCAAUACA